AUGCGGUUCUCAUAUCUCCGUGCGGUCCUGAUCUGCGGUGCGCUGCUCGACAAUGCUGACCACGCUUCAGGCCUCGGCCAAACAAAGACCGUCGCGCUCGGUGCGGGGUACGAAGUCGACGAGCCUAAACAUCUACUGAGACGACACGCUGCCGCCGACAAUCGAGAGGAGAGGAUGUUUUCGUUUGGAACUUCUGCUUUGACAGCAGCUCAAGUAGAGAAAUUCAAUGGCGCGAGUGAGGGAAAGGUGAGUGCCAUAAUAAGGGAGUUGUCCGAUGUCGACGUUGUCAAGUACUCUCAACUUGUCGAUGAGGUGCAGCGUCUAGAGUUAACGAAACUUAAAUCGAUGGUAAGGGAGCUCGGGAAUCUUCACUUGAACGACCAAGAUGUCCCGGACAUGCGCGACCAUCUGGAUUCGGUAAUCCGUGGCUCGAUCCUUCUUGAUACGAAAGUUUUUCUUCAACUGGCGCAAAAAUUACCGAAGUCGAAGUCCGCGGCUAAGGAUAUGAUUGAACAGGGGUUCAAAAGUGCCCUUGAAGACGGCCAUGGGCCGGAUGUCGUGCUUCCUGACGUAAUUGCGAACUUGCGGAAAGAAGGUUCAAAGGUGCGCGCCGACUACCUUCAGGACCAUAUAGACCAAUACCUUGCGUGGAAGAAGGCCCAAGAACCGGCAUAA